AUGGCGAAGGCGCUCCUGCUCAGCGCGCUGCACGACGCGCUGUCGGACUAUGUCGUUGGACUCUCUCCCGAGCGCCUCAAGGUCGGGGUGUGGUCGGGCACGAUCGUGCUGGAUGAGCUGCAGGUGGAAAUCCCUUGGUCGAAGCUGGGAAGCAGACCCGUGAAGGUUCUCCUGCAAGGCGUUAGCGUGUUGGUGGGUCCGGUGGAUAGGAAUUCGUGGGGAGACCAAGAGGUGCGGGAGAGGCGUCUCGGCAUCAAGAGGGCCGCCCUCGAGAAGGCGGAGGCGGCGACAAAGAAGGAGAAGGAAGGGGGGAAAGGGAGCGAUGACGGCACGAAAGGGUUCGUGGAGAAGCUGGUGCAGCGCAUCGUGGACAACAUCGAGAUAAACGUGGCCGACAUCCACAUCAGGUACGAGGACACGGUGCUUGCGCCGGGACAAACGGUCUCAACCGGGGUAUGCCUGGAGUCGUUCGUGGUGACCACCACCGACAAGGACUUCGUGCCGCAGUUCCUCGACCGCACCUGUGGCCAGACCUGGGACACAAGGGUGCACAAGUUGGCCCGCGUAACGGGGUUUUCCCUGUACUGGAGAGUCGACGACAAGGAGAGGUACGAGCUGAUCCCCGCGCAGUUCAGGAGCGACGCACUUCGCAGGUUUGUGGCGGAGCAGGCGGUGGCCCCGCCGGGGGACAACGGGGGGGGGCUGGAGAGGGGAGACCUGAUUCGGCCGAUCACUGCGGUUCUGAAGGUUAUUCACUGCGAUCACCCCGAUGACAAGACGGGGCCCAAAUUCGAGGUUUCGUUCGAGAUGGACGACGUCAAGAUGGACUUCCGCGCGGAGCAAUACGAACAGGCGCUCUCCCUCAAGGACUCCAUAGCGGCCCUGGCCAACUGGCAGACGUUCUUCCCCUACCGCCCCAAGACUACCCCAAAACGAGACCCUAGGGCUUGGUGGAGGGGAAAGCCUCAAGACUGGGGAAACUUGAACAAGGUGCUCAUGUCGAGGAAGGAGUACGUGUUCCUGUUCGAGAAACUGGCUGCGGCUGGUGCUGGUGCCGAAGACGCAUACGCGAGCACGAAGGUCUCCUCGUCGCAGGGCCUCUCGCCCCCGCUCACACCGAGGGAACAGCGCAGGCUGUACGAGCUCGAGGAGGAACUCCCCAAGCAGACCAUCCUCAUGUUCCGGACGAUGGCACGGAAAGAGAUCAAACGCAAACGGGACGCGGAAAGGGCGAAGAUGAGUCCGCAGGAGGUAGCGGCGCUGGCGGCAAGAAACAGCGGGGGCGGGGGAUGGUGGGGUAGCAUCUGGGGAAGAGCCAACACCAAGGAGGAAGACGGAGACCUGGCCCUCCAGGACCUCACAGCUAGCUUCGGGCACGACGCGGAGACUAACAAGGUGCCCCCUGACUAUCUCCAGGCGCGGGUGACGGUGCAGCCACACGGGUCGAUGAGGCUGUACGGGCGGCGCGACCUGCCUUUGGUGGACGUCUCGAUCGUCGCCUCGGCCACGUUGGAGCGCCGAGAGAACGCCUCGAUGACAUGCAGCUUCCGCCUUGCUCGACUGGAGAUUCUUGAUCUCUUCACGCAGCGGGCGGUGUUCCCCCAUUUGCUCAAGGUCGGCGGCCACGAGGAGGAGGCCGACAACGACAACCCCGAACUCAAGGAGGCCAGAGCAAAGGUCGCCGCCACUGUCGCUGCUGGAGCGGUCGGGGCGAUCAAGAGGGGCAACGCCCGCCCGGCGAGCCGGGGGGUGGCAGAAGAACGCCCCCUGGCCUGCUUGAAUGCCUCCCUCACCGAGACCGCGCUGAAGGUUGAUAUCUGCGCGCUGCCCACGGACGUGGCGUACAACAGGUGUGCAUGACUGUAUGUGUUUGUUUUGCCCCACCCCGUCUCCCUCGGUAUUUGCCAUCAGGGUUGGGUUCUUGUCGCUUGGCAACGAUGUUGUAAAACAAGCCCCUCCUCCGUUCUAGACUUAAGUGGGUUUGGCGCUGUUGGCAAAGCGCUGUAAAACACGCCACCCCAAGUAUAGCCCCCAUUGUAUGCGCUUCCAAAGACGCGUGACGCAUGGAUGCGUGGAGUGAGGAUAGCUCACGGAAACCUCACAGGUUGAGUGAUGUAGGAGAUUACGGGACACAUAGACGUGUUGAGUGAUUUUAGCUGUAUACUGAAACCCGAAGUGUUGAGUGAGGUUUGAGAUUGCCAGACACAUGGACAGGUUGAGUGGGGAUAGCUGCAUACUGAAACCCCACGGGUUGAGUGAUGUUGGAGUGCCGGACACAUAGACGCGUUGAAUGAGGAUAGACACAUAUUGAACCUCACAGGUGAUAUGCAUUGGAGAUUGUCGGACACCUAGACGUGUUGAGUGAGGAUAGCUGCAUACUGAAACCUCACAGAUG